GUAUUAUUCCCUUAUAAUUUAUCAUGGCUGAUGACGAGAUACUAUUCGAUGACGUCUAUGAACUAUGUGAAGUUAUUGGCAAGGGACCCUUUUCCAUCGUUAGACGUUGCAUCCACAGAGAAUCCAACCAACAGUUUGCCGUUAAAAUUGUAGAUGUGGCUAAAUUCACAGCGAGUCCAGGACUCAGUACAGCUGAACGGAAUAUAUUUGUUGCAGAUUUAAAACGGGAAGCCACAAUCUGUCAUAUGUUAAAACAUCCGCACAUCGUGGAAUUGCUGGAAACGUACAGUUCCGAGGGAAUGUUGUAUAUGGUAUUCGAAUUUAUGGAAGGAUCUGAUUUAUGUUUUGAAGUUGUACGAAGGGCUGUGGCGGGAUUUGUUUAUAGUGAAGCGGUAGCAUGUCAUUACAUGCGGCAAAUACUGGAAGCAUUGCGUUAUUGUCAUGAAAACGAUAUCCUACAUAGAGAUGUACGACCAGCAUGUGCACUGUUGGCGACGGUAGAUAACUCGGCACCUGUGAAACUAGGCGGUUUUGGUUCAGCAAUCCAAUUACCCGGAGGUCGAGAGGCUUUGGAAACGCAAGGUCGAGUUGGAUGUCCACAUUAUAUGGCCCCAGAAGUUGUAACGAGACGUUUAUAUGGAAAAGGUUGCGACGUUUGGGGUGCAGGGGUCAUGCUGCAUGUUUUGUUAUCAGGACGUCUCCCCUUCCUAGGAUCAGGAGUUCGAUUGCAAAAUUCAAUAGCACGUGGGAGAUUAUCCUUCGAGGCGCCUGAAUGGAAGUCAAUAUCCGCUUCUGCCAAAGAUUUAGUUUCAAAAAUGUUAGCCGCUAAUCCUCAUCACAGACUGUCGAUAACACAAGUUUUAGAACAUCCUUGGAUAAGAGAUCGAGACAAACUGCAACGUCAACAUUUAGCAGAUACCGUGGAAGAACUAAAACGUUACAAUGCCCGCCGUAAACUGAAAGGAGCAGUACAAGCCAUUGCGGGAGGAACAUCGUUGGAUCCAAUUUUCGGUUCUGAAACCGAUUCUAUGCCCGUUGCUUCCGCAUCAGAUAUCCUUAGUGAAUGGGCUGACGAAGAGGCGGGCAUUGAAGCUGUGCAACGAAUUUUAGAUUGUCUGGAUGACAUAUACGCUUUACAAGAUGCGCACGUCGACCCAGAUGUUUUACGGGAUAUGCUUCGAGAUAGUCGCCUACACCAAUUUUUACAUCUGUUUGAUCGCAUUGGUUCAACCGUAAUGUCGCCGAAUCGCGCACCUCCUGGAGAUGCUGUUUCCCGCAGUCGCGACGUCAUUGAGCUCUUAUCCUCCACGGGUGGUAAUAAAUAUUUGAAAGAUGAAUUGAUGCAACUACUAGCGGCACCACAUCUACAGGCCUUGCUGCAUACUCAUGACGUGGUUGCCCGUGAUGUUUAUGGCGAGGAGGCUUUGCGUGUAACGCCUCCGCCAAUGCCGCUCUACUGUAAUGGAGAGGACUUAGAUAACACUGAUGGUGGGGAAUUGCAGCAUGUGACACGAGUUCGAUUGGUACAGUUCCAAAAAAAUACUGAUGAACCAAUGGGCAUCACAUUAAAAAUGACCGAAGACGGCCGUUGUCUGGUGGCACGCAUCAUGCACGGUGGAAUGAUACAUCGACAAGCAACAUUACACGUAGGCGAUGAAAUACGCGAAAUCAAUGGUCAGUCAGUGCAGAACCAAUCCGUGGGACAGUUACAACGAAUGUUGCGAGAGGCACGCGGUUCUGUUACCUUUAAAAUAGUUCCUUCUUAUAGAAGUGCUCCUCCACCAUGCGAGCUUUUCAGGAUAAGACCAGCUCCAGUUCUAAUUUUUGUAAGGGCACAAUUCGACUACAAUCCCUUGGAUGAUGAGCUGAUACCGUGUGCACAAGCGGGUAUAGCCUUUCAAGUAGGCGAUAUUUUGCAAAUUAUUAGCAAGGAUGACCAGCAUUGGUGGCAGGCCCGAAUUGAUGCAAUUGGCGGUUCAGCUGGCCUUAUACCUUCACCAGAAUUGCAAGAAUGGCGUAUACGAUGUCAAACUGUAGAUAAAACCAAGAAUGAACAAGGAGAUCCCGGAGCUGGAUGUUCCGCGCACACUACAGAAGGAUGUGAUGGAUCCGCAGUGAACUGUUCCAUAUUCGGACGCAAAAAGAAACAAUGUCGGGAUAAAUAUUUGGCGAAACACAGUGGUAUAUUCGACAAUUUGGAACUGGUAACGUACGAGGAGGUUGUAAAAGUCCCGGUUGGUGAUCCGAACUUCCAACGCAAGACAUUGGUUUUAUUGGGUGCUCACGGCGUGGGUCGUCGUCAUAUCAAAAAUACUUUAAUAUCCAAAUAUCCUGAUAAAUAUGCUUAUCCCAUACCCCACACAACCAGACCCCCAAAACCCGAUGAGGAGAACGGGCGAAGUUAUUAUUUUGUUUCACAUGACGAAAUGAUGGCGGACAUCGCGGCAAAUGAAUAUUUGGAAUACGGCACUCACGAAGAUGCGAUGUACGGCACGAAGUUAGAUACAAUUAGACGCAUACAUACCGAAGGUAAAAUGGCAAUACUUGAUGUGGAACCUCAAGCAUUGAAAAUUUUGCGCACAGCCGAAUUCACGCCGUACGUGGUGUUUAUUGCGGCGCCAUCACUGCAGAACAUUGCUGAUUAUGACGGCAGCUUGGAACGUUUGGCCAAGGAAUCCGAUAUGUUACGCCAAAUGUAUGGACAUUUCUUUGAUUUGACUAUCGUCAACAACGACAUUAGCGAGACUAUCGCGUGUCUGGAGAGUGCCAUCGAACGUGUGCAGACCACAUCACAGUGGAUACCCGUUUCAUGGAUGUACUGACAAGACAGUGAGCUGGAAUGCCCUGAUUGUUUAGAGGGCUGUGAUUGUGAAUGGGAGGCCUAUACCAACGGCCAAUGUGCGACAGAAAAAUGGCAAAAUUUCUAAGAACAACGUGGUGAUA